GCUCGCAGUCGCACUCUCUCGCUCACUCACAGUCAGGCAUCAUGGCGGACGUACUGGAUCUUCAUGAAGCGGGGGGUGAAGACUUUCCUAUGGACGAGGAUGGUGAUGAGAGCAUUCACAAGUUAAAAGAGAAAGCCAAGAAGAGGAAGGGUCGUGGGUUUGGAUCAGAGGAAGGAGCUAGAUCCCGAGUCAGAGAGGACUAUGACACAGUAGAACAGGAUGGAGAUGAGCCUGGCCCACAGAGAUCUGUUGAAGGAUGGAUUCUGUUUGUGACUGGUGUACAUGAGGAGGCGACGGAAGAGGAUGUCCACGACAAGUUUGCAGAGUUUGGAGAAAUCAAGAACUUGCAUCUAAAUUUGGACAGAAGAACUGGUUACCUUAAGGGCUAUGCACUGGUGGAGUAUGAGACUUACAAAGAAGCCCAGGCUGCGAUGGAAGGGCUGAAUGGACAAGAUCUUAUGGGGCAACCAAUCAGCGUUGACUGGGGCUUUGUAAGGGGACCACCUAAGAGCAAGAGGAGGGGUGGUAGAAGGCGCAGCAGAAGCCCUGACAGACGGAGACGUUGAAUUUUUCCAUAUUAAACUUCAUUGUCUGUUUUACAGCCAGACUGGCAUUAUACUUUGAGGCAGAUUGGAGUGUUUCUAUUUCUUUAAGGAUUUUAGUGUUGUUUUUGUAAGGAGGUGGUUUUUGUCUUAAUUGUUAGUUAUUCGGCAACCGUCUGUACGUCUUUUGUUGAAUGACAGACAUUACUGAAGCAUACAUGUUAAAGCUGUUGGUAUUUCCAUAGCUUUUUUUUUUUUGUAAAAAGUGGCUGUACACUUUAAAAUGUAUGUAGAUUGACGUGUCAUUUCCUCACCUGUUAUGAGUAGUGAUUUGUAUACUUCCAAUAAAUUAAUUUGGAUUAA